AUGGAUCGCAUUGCACCCCCGGGAGGCCCUGUAUACCCAACUUCAGCGACUGUUGGACCUCUGCGCACUACCGAACAUUUGAAGCCUGUCUCGACGAUACAUGGAGGGCGUAUAUGGUCGCUGCAUGUUGUCCAGCAGCCCAUUCGAGCUCGCAUGUGCGGCUUUGGCGAUAAGGACCGACGGCCGAUCACCCCGCCUCCGUGUAUCAGGUUGAUUGUCAAAGACGCAACUACAGACAAAGAAAUCGACAUCAACGAAAUCGACACAUCCUUCUACGUCCUCACAGUCGAUUUAUGGAAUGCAGAAGGCACGAGCGAAGUCAACCUAGUCCGUCAUUCUGCAAACUCGCCCUCCAUCUCUACCGCAACCUCGUCUUCAUACCCGCCCCCGCAGGAGAGCAACAUCUCGCCGACAUACCCGCAAUUUAAUCAACAUGGUUAUCCUCAGCAGUCGUUGGGAUAUCAUCAACAAGUGCCGAGUUAUUAUGGCCAGAAUAACGUGUAUCCAAAUGCAUAUGCGGCUGCCCCGCCUCCUCAGGGCGGUCCGUACUAUGGCGGCGGUUACUAUCAAGGCGGCAUGCAGCCCAAUCUAUCGCCACAGGCCGCGGCACCGGGUGGAAUGUUCACGCGGAACUUGAUUGGAAGUCUGAGUGCGAGUGCAUUUCGCUUGACAGAUCCUGAUAACAAGAUUGGCGUAUGGUUUAUCCUGCAGGAUUUGAGUGUCCGCACUGAAGGAACUUUCAGACUGAAAAUGAACUUUGUCAACGUGGGAACUUCGCAAUCUCCGGACGCUUCAGGUGCUCCCGUUCUCAAUCACGGAUCUGCGCCUGUUCUCGCCUCUGUCUUUUCGGAGCCGUUCCAAGUGUUUUCCGCCAAGAAAUUCCCCGGUGUUAUUGAAAGCACACCCUUGAGUAAAUGCUUUGCACUACAAGGCAUCAAAAUUCCCAUCCGCAAGGAUGGCGUCAAGGGUCGCGGCGGGGGCGGUGACGGCGAUGACGAUUUCGACUAG